GAGGGAGAAUGCAGAAGCCGAGCGCCGCGCUCCCUGUUGUCGGCUUGACUGGGAAAUGGUAGCGUACUGCAGGGACCGCACUUGGAAGGAACAUGGUCGAGAGGAGCAGCAAAUUCUUGUUGAUCGUCGUCGGAUCCGUGUGUUUCAUGCUGAUUCUCUAUCAGUACGUGGCUCCCGGGGUGAUCAAUUUCGGCUCCCCGCACGGUUAUUUCACGGAGGAAGACGAGGGGGACAUCUUCCCGACUCCGGACCCCCACUACGUUAAGAAAUACUACUUCCCCGUCAGGGACCUGGAGAGGACGAUCGAUUUCCAAAUCAAAGGAGAGGACGUGAUCGUGUUUUUGCACAUCCAGAAGACCGGGGGGACUACCUUCGGCAGGCACCUGGUCCAGAAUGUCCGUCUGGAGGUCCCCUGCGACUGCAGACCGGGCCAGAAGAAGUGUACCUGCUACCGGCCGAACCGCAAGGAGACCUGGCUCUUCUCCCGGUUCUCCACCGGCUGGAGCUGCGGCUUGCACGCCGACUGGACCGAGCUCACCAACUGUGUGCCGGGGGUCCUCAACAAGAAGGAGAACAAACAGAAAAAUCAAAGAAAAUUCUACUACAUCACUCUGCUGAGGGACCCAGUGUCUCGAUACCUCAGCGAGUGGCGGCAUGUGCAGCGGGGAGCCACGUGGAAAACCUCCCUGCACAUGUGCGAUGGACGAACUCCGACGCCCGAGGAGCUGCCCUCCUGCUACGAGGGCUCUGACUGGUCGGGAUGCACCCUGCAGCAGUUCAUGGACUGCCCCUACAACCUGGCCAACAACAGACAGGUUCGCAUGUUAGCAGACCUGAGCCUCGUCGGCUGCUACAACAUGUCCACGGUUCCGGAGAAGAAGAGGGCCCAGCUUCUCCUGGAGUCGGCCAAGAAGAACCUACGAGACAUGGCCUUCUUCGGUCUGACGGAGUACCAGAGGAAAACCCAGUUCCUGUUUGAACGAACCUUCAGGUUGCGCUUCAUCAGGCCGUUCAUGCAGUACAACAGCACCCGCGCUGCAGGGGUGGACUUGGACAACGCUACGGUCCAGCGUAUAGAGGAGCUGAACGAGCUGGACAUGGAGCUUUACGACUACGCCAGGGACCUGUUCCAGCAGCGCUACCAGUACACCAGGCAGCAGGAGAGGCGGCAGCAGCGCAUCAAGAACCACAUGCAGCAGAGCCACCAGGGCCUGGGCCUGGGCGUCAACCUGUGGCCCUCCCACAGCCGGCAGAGCUCGGUGACGACGCUGGAGGACGGGGAAGGGGAGCGGGAGGAGCGGGAGGAGGGCGAGGAGGGAGGCAGAACGGAGGAGGCGGGCAGCAGGCUCCCCACUGAGGACUACAUGAACCAGAUUAUCAACCGCUGGUAGCAGCAGAAUGAGAACAAACACACAGACAUGCAUAUGUAAUGUGAAAAACACACACAUAUACACACAUACAAACACAUACACAGAGAGUGGCGCCUGCAUCAAAGUCCCAAAUGACUGACAAACAGACUUUAACCAGAGAGUUGGGCUGCAGGAAUCAGAGUCCAAGUGGUUGCUAUGGAGACCUGGGCUUGGUCGAUUGCAUCAGCUCAUGUUAUUGAGGUUUGCCCAGUUGUUAUUAGCACCCGCUUGCCCUUUCCCCCCUCUGUCUCUCCUAUCAUCAUUACUGACUGAGUGGAGGAGAGAUAUUUUUAAGAGUUGCUGACAACCCAGUAUCUCAUCCAUCUCUCCCGCCUCCCCUCCUCCUCCUCCUCUUCCUCCUCCUCCUAUAUCCCUUUCGUUCUCUGUGGCCUAAUAUGGAGCAUGAGAAAAUAAAAUUAAGUCUGUGAAUUCCCACUAAUCUUUGCUAAAAAGGACCAGUCUACUUCUUGGAUGUUCCACUUUCAAAGGAACUGGGAAAGCAAUGAAAGUAUGCUAAUGGCUGAGCUGAACAAAGAAAAUGGUGGGAGUACAUGAGAGACUAAACCUGAAAGAAAGAAAGAAAGAAGCAAAGAGAAGUUGGACUGAGUUGUGUAAUAAAGCUUUCUGCUUAAAAAAAAAAAAAAAAUCAGCCAUUUCAACCCAUGAACACGCUUUUGUCAUGAAAUAGUGACAGUCUCAUUCUCAUUUUAGGAUGAUUUUGUUUGUAUUUACCUUUUGUGUUUUAUGCUUUUUUUAAAGCAAAAUUGUAAUAACACUGAGACCAAUAUUGCUGCCUAAAGAAAAGUGAUUCCUUUAUUUCUUUAUUUUCAUUGGUUUUAUAAGUCAAAGCUAAUGGAUCAGAUUGACGUACAAUGGACCAUAGCCAUUACUGAAGCCUUGCAUCUUGUAGGGGGGGAGAAAGUGGCCUGUUUCUGAUAUAGGUUCCCAAAGCUCCUGUCGCUUAACAAGUUCAUUA